CCGCAGAAAAUACUCCAAAUUUCGAUUAUUUUGUCUGGAGAAGAGAAAAUCAGCACUCCACAAAUGUUGAGCUUGUGCAGUUCAAUGUUUAGCAUGGCUUGGUGUAUCGCUUCAUAUCAUCGCUGUAUUCGACUAUCUCAAUUGGAUAAAAUUAACAUUUCAUGGAUUGGAAGCAUUGUGCAGUCGAGUUGGCAUUUAACCAUUACUGUAUCUCGAAUUUUAUCCAUAGCGAUAGUAGCGAGUUUGUUUCCAAAGCUGACAUUGCUGUGUUUCUCAAUUCAUGCAAUCCUAAUGGGACUAUGGGUAUUCAUUUUCGAUCGGUCACCAUUCUGUUCGAAUUCAUUGAUUCACAGUUUGUUUUUCUCGCUCAUUUUGGGCUUUGUGUUCAUUUUCAAUUAUAUUCUGCCAAAAGCACGACCGACUCGCUAUCGUUACGCCACAUUCUAUUCGAUUUGCUUUCUGGAAAAUAUCAUUUGUGUGGUUCUCUAUGUGACAUUCUCGAAAGAAGAAGACAAACAAGAAGACUAUUUCCUUAUCCUGUGCAUUAUGUCAAUCGUUCCAUUCAUUGUGGGUGUAUUUUUCAUGGUACUCUACUAUUUAUGGUUUCACCCAAAUCUGGUGAGCCGUCGCAUAUACCACGAUGAAGAAAGAGAAAAAGAAAUGCAGAUAUUUUCAUCGUCAGCUGAUCCAGCCGCACCAGUAUCGACAGCAUAGUCUCACGUGCAUUGGAGCCGGAGCAUCCAACAGAAGACACAUGUCUUGUAUUGACAUCAUCAUCAUUCAUAUUCUGUAUUAUUCGACAGUAUUUUUGAUAGGAAAACUAAUUGUAACGAACGAACAAACUUCUUGAAAUGAAAUAAAGACCAUAGUACAAA